UGGCAACACGACCCAUUCUGUAGGUUUUUGAGAUUUGUUUUUGCAGUGCGGACUGAUAGACGUAUUUUUCAUUUUUAAUGUUCUAAGCAUAUUUUACCAUGCCUCGUGUUAUGAUUAAAGGUGGUGUUUGGAGAAACACCGAAGAUGAAAUACUUAAGGCUGCUGUUAUGAAAUAUGGCAAAAAUCAGUGGUCUAGAAUUGCAUCUCUCCUUCAUAGGAAAUCAGCUAAACAAUGUAAAGCCAGAUGGUAUGAAUGGCUGGAUCCAAGUAUCAAGAAAACAGAAUGGACACGCGAUGAAGAAGAAAAGCUGCUUCAUUUGGCAAAACUCAUGCCUACACAAUGGAGAACUAUUGCACCUAUUAUUGGAAGGACUGCAGCCCAAUGCCUGGAGCAUUAUGAAUAUUUAUUAGAUCAAGCUCAGAGAAAAGAAGAGGAUGGUGAUAUGGCUGAUGAUCCUCGCAAGUUAAAACCAGGAGAGAUCGACCCUAAUCCAGAAACAAAACCUGCUCGUCCUGAUCCUCAAGAUAUGGAUGAAGAUGAAAUGGAAAUGUUAUCCGAAGCUAGAGCUAGACUUGCCAAUACUCAAGGUAAGAAAGCUAAAAGGAAAGCUCGAGAAAAGCAGUUAGAAGAAGCAAGACGUUUAGCAGCUCUUCAGAAAAGGAGAGAGUUGAGAAUGGCAGGCAUUCAGUUAGAAGCUCGUAAACGAAAGAAGAGGACUGUAGAUUAUAAUGCUGAAAUUCCCUUUGAAAAGAAACCAGUUCCUGGGUUAUAUGAUACAUCUGAAGAAACUUAUGAUCCUAUGAAUCCAGACUACAAAAGAUUAAGGCAACAGCAGCUUGAUGGUGAACUUAGAAGUGAAAAAGAAGAGAAAGAGAGAAAAAAGGACAAACAGAAACUUAAAACUCGGAAGGAAAAUGAUAUACCAUCUGCAAUGCUGUCUGGAAAUUUUGAGCCAUCAAAAAAACGAAGUAAAUUAGUUUUGCCAAGUCCACAGAUAUCUGAUGCAGAACUUGAACAAGUUGUCAAAUUAGGCAAAGCAAGUGAAACAGCUAGGGAAGCUGCUGAAGAAUCUGGCAGUAAAGUGUCAGAAACUUUACUGCCUGAUUACAGUUUGACUCCAACUGUUCUAAAUGCCAGGACUCCGCGUACGCCAGCUACAAAUAGGGAUACUAUUCUUAUGGAAGCUCAAAACAUUAUGGCUUUAACAAAUGUGGAUACACCUCUGAAAGGUGGACUAAAUACACCAUUACAUGAAUCAGACUUCAGUGGCAUAACUCCAAAAAGAGAUGUUGUUUCAACUCCUAAUAAUCUAAUUACUACUCCUUUUAGAACAGCCUCUCAUUCAUCUGGUGUGACACCUAACAGGGCCCCAGGAACAAAGCCAUCAAAAGAAAUGACUCCUGGAACUACCCCUCUGAGAGACAAGCUGAACAUAAAUCCUGAAGAUCAUCUUGGUUUUGAUGAUGUACUUGCUGCAAAAAAUUACAGAGUUGAAAGCAGAAAUAUGUUAAAGAAAGCUCUGACUUCUUUACCUGCACCUAGAAAUGACUAUGAAAUUGUUGUUCCUGAAGAUGAGCCGCAGCAAACAGAUAAAGAGCAUUCUGAAAGUGCAACUGUUAUUGACCAAGCAGAUGUGGACCUUCAAAAAGAAUUGGAACAGAAGGCAGCCUUGGAAGCAGAAAGAAGGAAGCAGUCCACUGCGGUGCAAAGGGAACUUCCUCGUCCUUCCGAUGUAAACUCAAACAUUCUAAGGCCAUCACACUGUGACCCUCCGCUUACAGAACUUCAAAAAGCAGAAGAGUUGAUUAAGCAAGAGAUGCUGAUAAUGUUACAUAAUGAUGCAUUGAAAAACCCACCUUUGCAAAAUACUGGCUCUGGUAGAAGCAAGUCUCAGCCUACACGUUCUAAUUUGGUUCAUCAUGCUGCUUAUCUGGAAAGACAUCCAUACAAAGAAUAUGAUGAAUCAGAGCUUGCAGUUGCUGAUCGCUUGCUGAGAGAAGAAAUGGAAGUUGUAAAAAAAGGCAUGGGGCAUGGAGAUUUGAGUUUAGAAGCUUACACUCAAGUAUGGGAGGAAUGCUUAGCACAAGUUUUAUUUCUGCCUGGACAAAACAGAUACACAAGAGCUAAUUUAGCUAGUAAAAAAGACAGAAUUGAAUCUUUAGAAAAACGUUUAGAGCAAAAUCGGAAUCAAAUGACCAAAGAAGCAAAAAGAGCAGCUAAAAUUGAAAAGAAAUUAAGGAUUUUACUUGGUGGAUAUAUGUCUAGAAAUCAAGCUUUAAUGAAACAACAUCAGGACUUAGUAGAACAAGUAGAACAAACUCAUCUGGAGCUGAAUACUUUUAAAACUUUGCAAGAACUUGAAAAUUUAGCCAUCACUAAAAGAGUAGAGUCUCUUACUGAAGAUGUCAACAGACAAAUUGAGAGGGAAUCUGUGUUGCAGAAAAGAUACCAAGAUUUACUUAACAAAAAGAAGGAAUUAGAAGAAGAAUUAGCAAGCCUUUAAUAACAUAAGCUUUUUAAAAUAUGGAUGUGUAUAAUUUGUUAAUAAGUGAUUUUUAAGAGCUGUAUACACAUAACAGUUAGUUUAAAAACAUAAAUUUGUUAAUGUUAAACUGUUAAAUUGAUUUUCAUAAUCUUUUUAUAUUUGCUAUCUUUUUGCAGAUUUUAUUAUAGCAUUUCAUUUGUUUGUAACAAAAUCAGAAUAUUUUUUUUAAUACUUUUCUAUGCAGUUUGAUGCUUAGUUUAAAUUUCUGCAGGAAAUAGUUUACUUAGAAACACGUAUAUGCUUUUUUAGUUUUCUUUCUUUCUUUUUUUAAUAAAUUUCUAUCCAAAAUGUUGAUGGAGGGUAAAAAACUCUCCUUUUUAUAAGAUCUAAGUCUGAAAAAGCCAUGUAUUGGUUCUACUCGUAACUUCAUCAGGAAGUGUGCAUAUUGUAUAUAUUGAUGAAAGAAUAAAAGUGAUAAAAGAGUU